GCCAUGUUGACUAAUACCAACCAACCAACCACUCUCUCUCUCUUUCUCCAAUUCUUUAAUAUGCUACCCUUUUGUUGAUGAGUUUGAUACUCAAACCCACAAAGCUGUAUUCACUUCUUUUCCAUCUCUUCCAAUAUAUAAUAUAUUGCAUGAACACAGCGUUGCUCCUCUUCCACACUCCAACCAAUUCUCUUCCUCAUCGCUUGUUUUAUAUUGAUUUGAUUGCAGCUGCCACCAUGGAUCAACUUUGCACAAGCUUUUCUAUCAACUGAUCUCUCUCUCUUCAUACGGUGUGUGGCUAGAAAUCUACCAUUUCAACUGAGUUAGAGCCAUGAAGUUCAUGAAAUUAGGAACAAGGCCGGACACCUUCUACACUGAAGAAGCUACAAGGACUGUCAUUUCUGAUGCACCCACUGAUCUUAUUAUCAAAAUAAACAACAUUACAUAUCUCAUUCACAAGCUGCAGUUCCCACUACUGCCCAAUUGCGGCCUUUUACAGCGUCUUUGCUCCAACAAUGCUGACAAAAUCAGUAUUGAACUCCACGACAUUCCUGGAGGAGAAGAAGCCUUUGAGCUCUGUGCCAAAUUCUGCUAUGGAAUCACUAUAAAUCUCAGUGCCCAUAACUUUGUCUCUGCGUUCUGUGCUGCUAAGUUCCUUCAAAUGAGCGAUUCCACAGAUAAUGGGAACUUCAUCGCCAAGCUUGAAACUUUCUUUCUUUCUUGCAUCCUUGCUGGUUGGAAGGACACCAUUGUCGCGCUUCGUUCUGCUGUUGGCCUCUCGGAAUGGUCCGACAAUCUUGGAAUCACCAGAAAAUGUAUCGAUUCAAUCGUCGAGAAAAUCCUCACUCCACCUUCUAAGGUCACAUGGUCCUACACUUACACCAGACCAGGCUACAACAAGAAAACCCACCGCUCUGUUCCCAAAGAUUGGUGGACAGAGGACAUAGCCGAUCUAGACAUCGAUCUAUUCCGCUGUAUAAUCGUGGCCAUUUCAUCAACAUGCAUGCUGCCGCCGCCGCUAAUCGGCGAAGCUUUACACGUCUACGCCUGUCGGUGGCUUCCAGAUAUCUCAGCCCAAUCAAAUUCAGCUAAGAAUCGGCAAAUCCUCGAGACCCUAAUCAGCCUCAUACCCCCAGAUCAAGAAUCAAUAUCAGUAAGCUUCUCGCUUCGGCUACUCAGCCUUGCAAAUCUCUUGGGAGCCUCUUCAGCUACAAAAACAGAGGUUAUAAGGCGAUGCAGCGCCCUGUUGGAAGAGGCAACAGUGAGCGACUUACUUUUUGCUUCACAUUCUGCCUCCAAUGAUGGUGGCGAUGAGCAUUGCCAUGAUGUUGAUUUGGUUGUGGCUGUUUUAGAGAGCUUCUUAAUGGCGUGGAGACGACAGUCGCCGGCGGCUGAUGAAAAUGCUCAGCUUUUGAUAUCUAUUAGAAAAGUUGGGAAGCUCAUUGACUCUUAUCUCCAAAUGGUUGCUAGAGAUCGAAACAUGCCUGUUGCAAAGAUGAUUUAUCUUGCUGAAGCUUUGCCCGACGUUGCCCGGCCGAAUCACGAUGAUGUUUACAGAGCAAUCAACAUCUUUCUCAAGGAGCAUCCAUAUCUAAGCAAAGCUGAUAAAAAGAGAUUAUGUCGAGUUCUGAACUGCCAGAAGCUGUCGGCGGAUGUACGUGCUCAUGCAGUAAAGAACGAGCGGCUGCCACUAAGAACAGUUGUGCAAGUGUUGUUCUUUGAGCAAGAGAAAGGUAAUUCCAAGACAAGUAGCCGCGUAGCAGCAGCCACUGAUGAGCUGAGAUCAGGCCCAGAUGAAAAGUUGAGGAGGUCAGCAAGCACAAGAUCAAGGCACAAAGUUGCAGAAGCUGAUAAAGAUGAGAUGAACACAAAACAUUCGCUUGAAUCACAAAGGAAUCCAUAGGAUAGAAAAGGAUUGAGAUGCGCCAUGAUCUCCCUUGCAUUUUCAGGGUUCAUGCUGUUCUUUC